GGUUUUCCUCCCUCCCCAAGAAGAACCCGACGCACCACAGUCCGGCCAGAAGAAGGGCAGGGCAGCCCACGGCCUGGCAAGCAAGCGAAUUGGAGGUCAACUGCAGACACCGAGCGAGCGAGCGAGGAAGAAGACGCUUGAUAGGAACGCCUGGGCCUCCGGCUUUUGGCUUGUGCGACUGGAAAGGGAGGGAAGAAGGAAGGAAAGAACUGGAGAGAGUGACGAGAGAGAGAGAGAGAGACAGAGUGCAGUCAGCGACCGUGCGUGCGUAGGAUGGUGGUGGUGGUGGUGAUGAUGAAGAAGGAGGAGGAGAAGAAGGUUGAGCUUGCCGCCUGCUGAAGGAGAGAAGUGCGGAGGAAGAGAUUGUGGCGCAGUGAGUUGGUGGGAGCGAGAGCGAGAGCUGAAGCGAGGGGGAGAUAGACUACUGCCCUAAGGAGGGGAGGAGGGCGGAUCGUGAGUUUGAGUAUGUGUGUGAGUAGAGGUGGGGUGGCUUGCUUGUCGCGCAGAGAGCUUGGCUUGGGCUGAGACGGUGGGUUUGGUGGGAGAGAGCUUGGACUGGGUGGGACGUGCAUUUGGAGGGGAGGGGAGGGGCAGGGUAAUUGGGAGGGAAACGAGGGAGAUCGAAUUUCAUGGUCGAUUGGGUUUGUGCCAGGAGGAGGGCUAGGCUUUGAAAGUGUCACACCUGGCCGCUGCUGCAGGGCUUCGGUAGCUGCCUGGAGGCGUGGUUGUUAAUUGCCUGCGCAUCGAGAGGGAGAGAGAGAGAGUGCGUGUGAGAACGAAGGGAGGAAAUUGGUCGUGUUUUGGGUGGGUGACGAUGUCGGACAAUUUGAAGGACAAGUUCUCGGCUCUGGGCGAGAAAUUGAAAGUCGGGGGAUCUGAUAUGUCUCGCAAGGUCUCCGAGAGGAUGAACAGCAUUAGCGGCAAGAUGAAGGAGCUUUUUUUGGUGCCGACCCCUGCGGACAAGAUUGUUGAAGAGGCAACUUCAGAAAUUAUGGAUGGCCCUGACUGGAGCAGAAACUUGGACCUUUGUGAUCAGGUGAACCACGAAAAGAUUAGCGGACAAGAUGCGGUUCGAGCAAUCAAGAAGCGCAUCAUGAUCAAGCACCCUACUGUCCAGAUCCUCGCUCUAACUCUACUCGAAACCUGCGUGAAGAAUUGUGACAAGAUGUUCUCCGAGGUCGCAUCCGAGAAAGUCUUGGAUGAGAUGGUCAAGUUAAUUGACGAUCGCCAAUCGUCCAUCGAGAGUCGCGAGAAGGCUCUGAAGCUCAUUGAAGCCUGGGGGGAGUCCACGGAAGAGCUCCGUUAUUUACCAGUCUUCGAAGAGACGUACAAGAGUCUGCGGAGUAGAGGCGUGAAGUUUCCAGGCAGGGACAACGAAAGUUUGGCGCCAAUCUUCACUCCUCCGUCAAUCGCACCUUCACCUCCAAUCGGCUCCAACCGCGGAACGAGCAGCCCCAACACAGCCCCCCCUUUCUGGAGCGAAGAGUUUGCAGCACCCAACACGGACCCUUCCGAUCCUUCCAACGUUAAAGAGACCUUUGAUGUUGCUCGAAAUAGCACAGAACUCCUGGCCACUGUUUUAAGUUCGUCUCCGCAUCAAGAGGCACUCAAAGAUGAUAUAACGACGACUUUGGUGGAGCAGUGCAGACAAUCGCAGUUCAAUCUGCAGAGAAUAAUUCAGAGAGCUGGAGAUGACGAUCCCACUCUUUUUGAAGCGCUGAAUUUGAACGAUGAGCUGCAAAAAGUGCUGGAUAAAUACGACGAGUCGUCUGCGCCCGCAGCCACCAACACGACUGCUGCUGCGCCCGUGGCCACCUCCGCACCACCUUCCACUCGAGUAAAUAGGCCAUCUGCCCCUGCCUUCACAAGUGUACCAGCGCACGAGGAGGACGAUCUACUCACGGGAGGAGGAGAGGAUGCUCUUGUACGGAAUUAUGGGCAGAGGAUGCAGCACACUCCUCUUUCUACCCAAGGAGACGAUAAAGCAAUGGAAGAUUUAGAUGAAAUGAUAUUUGGCAAGAAAGCGGGAGCUUCUUCUUAAAGGUGACCUGAAUUUCGAGGCGUCCAUUCUGAAUUUAAUUUCUCGCACAGUAGGUUCAGUUGUCCAAUUUUCACCGGGAUGGUCUCCAAACUGUAGAUGGACGUCAGGUUUGUUAUAUACAGGUCGUCAAGGUAACGUGGGUUCUGAGUAGGCAACAACUAAGCAAUCACAUAAUGUUAUUCAAGCGAUGGAGGUUUUGCCAGCUGAGGGAUUACGUAGGUAACCCCCCCCUGGAGGCAGAGCUCUUGCGAGGAUGUUUUCGCCCUUAGCUUGACAAUGAACUAGCUUGGAUCUUUGUCGUAGCACUUUUGUCAUCAGACAGUCGGUAGGCUAUCAACCGAGGGAUGCGGUCCUCCCAGGGUCUUGCUUUGUCGUAUAGCAACACACUGUUCCCAAAUUUUCAAGGGACACUUGGUAAACAUGUGCAUCCAGUGAAUGGUAUGCUGAACAUAUUUCUUCCUAAUUGGUAAGCACGACUGUAUCAAUCUCUCUUACUAAACGAGGGGGCUCGACAUUCCCUUACGUUCCCAGCGUUAGAGCCUGUGCCCCCCUUUAUUCUCCUGCUCCUUUCAUAGGUUAGGAUUGGGAUCCUGGGCAGCCCAGUACAGGAUUGAGGUGAGAGUGUCAUCAUUCAGAGCAGGCUGCGAAGUAGCAUUUGCACUUUGAAGUCCGCCGUGGUAGUUUUACCUCAACAAAAGUUCAAACUUUUUAUUUCCCG